AUUUGAUAUCAGACAUUGUCGACCAAGUUUUUUGUAGUUUAACAGUUAAAAAUGUAAUCUUAAAACUACACAAAACCACAGUUAAUGGCAUGUAACGUAUUAGCUGCCCUUUAUUUAUGGACUUUUCCACUCAUGCUCUGCUUCUUUAAGAGUAUAAAGGUUCUCUAGUGUGUAUCUAUAAGGGUUUGUCAGUCACAUGGUGGUGGUGAUGAUGAUUGUGGUGGUGUUUUUGCAGAAAUCUCUGAGUUCUUUUCUUUUGCUUCUGUGCUCCAGAUCUAGCUCCAAACAAAAUGCGCUCUUGAGCUGUGAUUUCACAAGUGACCUGGUUACGCCUGUGAAGUGAUUUUAAGCUAAUCACUCAACAAUAUAAGACAAUAAUGGUGUUAGAUAUCUAAUAAUCUAAUGUUUGUAUAAGGGGUGGCUGUGGAUCAGGAGGUAGGUGGUUUGAUCCGUGAAUCCUUUAGUCUGCAUGCUCAAGUGUCCUUGGGCAAAAGUCUACUAAAACCUGAAAUUGCUCUUGCUGGCUGUGUUAACAAUAUUUAAUUUACCAUUUUUAUAAAUAACCAAGUUAAUUGAGUCUAAUAUACUGUAUAAAUACAACCAAGUAAAAACAGUGAAGCUGUGAACUAUUGAGAAGCAAAGAAAAUAUUAUAUAUGAAGACAAUGAAAAGGUGAUAGGAAGAGAGAAAAGAGAUAGCAAGAAAAGAGAAAAGAAAGAAUAGCCUGCAUCAUGUCUAGAUUCCUCUCCCUCCCCCUUGUGUGUGAGCAUAGAUGUAAUUGUGUGUGUGUGUCAUGUGUGUGCAGCAGCAGGUUUGUGAAGCAUGUUUGAUGGAACCUGUUCAGUACCUAGGGAGGGAGAGAGAGAGAGAGAGAAGGUGUCCCCUCUUCUUUGUUUGUCAAAUGUUCCGUGGUCGUAGUACGACCCGAGCCAGUGUGGAAAAACAAAGCAAAUAUACAUAUAAACACAUACACAUCCAGUCCUUAAGCUGGUUCACACAUGUGACCCGGGAAAACAUUCCUAGACUCAUGACCAGACUGUCUGGAGGAGGGAUGACCUCGUUUUCAUUUAGUCACUCUCUCUUUUUGUGCUCUUAUGGUCGUUGCAGCAUCUCUGUGAGGAUAUUCGUCUUUAUUUGUUUUCCUCUGGUGGAUUUUCCAGUCUGUUUUCCAGUUUGUUGGGACAUGACCGUUUUGUCUUACGCAUUGCUGUAAAUAUUGAAGUGGAAAAUAUCUGCAAAGUGACUGACCCAAAGGAAAAAGAAGAGAACACAAGACUUUACUGUUAAAGGCUGAGCUGCCUGCUUUCAAAUGAAAGAGGACAGUUUGACGGACCUGUUGUCAAACGGAUGCAUCCUUCUCAUUUCUGCCUUGAUUUUCUGCUUUCUCGCAUAGCUAAAAAACCAGAGACCAGUUCUUGGAAAAUGCUAGAAUGCAGACGCUUUCAAUUCUGCACCUCUGGUAUGUUAUCUUAUCACAAAUUUAUUAAUAGGCGUUUCUUCCGGAAGCUUGCAAGUUUCAAGAGGGGGAUCUUUGGUCAGAAGUUGGAGGAGACGGUGCGCUAUGAACGCCGCUUUGGGAACAAGCUCGCUCCCAUGCUGGUAGAGCAGUGUGUGGAUUUCAUUCGCCAGUGGGGCCUCCAGGAGGAGGGUUUAUUCCGGCUGCCUGGACAGGCUAACCUGGUCAAAGAGCUGCAGGACGCCUUCGACUGUGGUGAAAAGCCUGCGUUUGAUUGUAACACAGAUGUGCACACAGUGGCUUCUCUACUGAAGCUCUAUCUCAGAGAGCUGCCAGAGCCUGUCAUCCCCUUCCAAAAGUACGACGAUUUCCUCGCAACCGCCAAGCUCCUUGGGAAGGAUGAUGAAAUGGGUAUGAAGGAGCUGAGAAGACUCUUGGAAAGUCUACCUCCAGUAAACCACAACCUUCUCAAGUACAUCUGCAGAUUUUUAGAUGAAGUCCAGUCAUAUUCGGGAGUGAACAAAAUGAGUGUUCAGAACUUGGCCACGGUCUUUGGGCCAAAUAUUUUGAGGCCAAAGUUGGAGGAUCCGGUCGCCAUAAUGGAAGGUACUGUUCUGGUCCAGCAGCUAAUGGCCAUUUUGAUUGGCCGCCACGACGUGCUGUUCCCUUGCAAUGAAGACAGCCCCACAGGCCUCGAGCUCGUCAACAACAACGUUGAACUACCGCGGCGGCAAGCAAACACAACUACCUCCACUAUCACGACAGCGACUCAGAACGCCGAGAACAACAACACACACAUGGUCCGGCAGUGUGUCUGGGAAACACCGGAUUCUCCUUCGCACCGCCAACAUGUAGACAACAGUGGCUCCCCGCGGUCACUGAGCCCUCGUAAUUGUGUCACCGGACGCUUUGACAUCACCCGCAGUCCACCACUGACGGUUAAAAAGAACCCAGCGUUCAGUAAAGGCAGUGGGAUUGUUACAAACGGGUCCUUUAGCUCUUCACCCGCCUCAGACCCUAGUCAAGAAAAGAACCAGACUCUGAGUGGAGGUGGGAGUUUACCUGUGCGGCGCAGCGGGACGCUCAAAGGUUCAGGCACAAAAAUGGGCACCAGUGGUGUCACAAGUGGGAGCGGCACCGGAGGGAAUGGGACUGGAGUUGUGCGCAUGGGCAUUUCAGGCACCGACAUGGUCACGGGUAGUCUGAACGGCCGCAAUGGCCUCUGGGCACCGAAUGGCUGCGUCACAUUACGGGUGAACAAUAAAACACGUGACGGCUCCAACGGGGAUCAAACAACCAAUCAGAAUCGUCUGUCUACAUACGACAACGUCCAGUUAAACCACCAGAACCUGCAGCUACAGAACCAGAUCACCAGCACGUGUCUGAACAGCAGCUGUGAGGACAAGCAGAGCGUCGACAGCGCCACCUGGUCCACUUCCUCCUGUGAAAUCUCUCUUCCGGACAACUCCACUUCCUGUCGCUCCUCCACCACCACCUGCCCUGAGCAGGACUUCUACGGCGGUCACUUUGAGGACUUGGACGGAGCAGCACAGGAUAAUGAACUGCCCCAGUCUGGUGGAGGAGGAGGUGAGGGAGAGAGCCGGAUCAGCACCAGGGAAGGAGGUGAAGACGGCGCAGGGAGGAGCAGUCGGGGAACCAGCAGCAGUGACAAUAGUGAUGGUUUCACUGCCGCCAAUGGGCCCGGCAGCCACAGCGCUUUGCACAGCUUAGUGGCCAGUCUGAAACAGGAGAUGCACAAGCAGAAGACAGAAUAUGAGGCCAGGAUAAAGAGCUUGGAGCAGCGCAAUCUGGAGCUGGAGACAGAAAUGGUGAGCAUCCACGAGGAGCUGGACCAGGAGAGGAAGAAGUACACCAUGGCGGAGAUCAAGCUCCGCAACGCCGAGCGCGCCAGGGACGAUGCUGAGCGGCGGAAUCAGAUGCUGCAGAAAGAGAUGGAACAGUUUUUCUCCACGUUCAGUGACCUCACAGCAACCGGCGCUACGACGGCGGCGGCGGCGACUGACCCGCGGCGGCCAGACCGCAGCAACGCCAUCUGGAUACAGUGAAGGACGAUGUGGGAAUGAACGUGUGAAUGAACAGUAGGCAGGCUCCAAACAGGAUUUGGCUGCUGGUUGUAAAGAGAAAUGUUGGAAGUUGCAGAACGUCUAACAUUUUGAAGCAGGUGGUGUAGGCCACCUGUACAACUGUAGACGUCACCUGGAGUGAUGUCAGAGGGACUUUACCUUGUAAAUACAGCAUUAUUUAAACUUGUUUUUCUUCUCUCUCCAACCUUCUCAGAAACUGCUGUGGUACUCACUUAUCUGACUUGGAAGUGGAGAAAAAGGAACAGUUCUCCACAGUCUGUGAUGAAGGGUGAACAUUUAAAAAGGCCGUGUUCAGCAAAACACAAAAACACCUACAGCUUCCUUUCUAUCUUAAUUCAUUUUAAAUCCAACCCCCCAAACAAAAACAAAAAAUAUCUUACUGUUCCAUGUGAUUCUGUGUCUACUCGUGUACAUAGAGGUAAAUAAUGCAGGAAAACAGCAGCAUAUGUAUGUAAAGAGAAAUGAAAGUACUGCUUUCAAUGUUUCAGUGAUAUUUAAGCCAAUUCAUCAAUGUGUGAUAUUUUAUAUUAAGAUCUUUCCUUGCACUUACUGUCGGUACUGAAUGUUCUGUUGGUCAACGUGUGUAUGAUUUAUUAAAUUAGAUAUGACACUGUAUAUUAUGCGCCUGAGCUUAUAUGCCGUCGUAUUCACCCCAUGACCAAAACGAGAGCCUGUACUGUAAAUAUUUUCUAAGUGUAGACACUAAUUGUGAGUCCUGUCCUGUGGUUUGAAGCAUAUUCAGAUGGAUGUGGCACACGUUAUAAAUGAAUACUGACUGAAGAAUUAUGUAGCCUGUAAAAAAAUAAAAAAAAUAAGUAAUA